AUGGCAAGAUUCAUUGGUUCAGGAGGAAGACACGCUAAAAAUAAGUCAUAUUAUAGAGCUACUAAAACAGCAAAUAGAAAGAAAGAUAUCGAUCAAAUAUGGGAUGAUAUGCAACCAGGUAAAAUAGAAAAGUUACAAAAGCAAGAGAUCGAUGUAGAUAAACCAGCUAUGGGUCAAAUUUAUUGUAUACCAUGUGCAAAGUAUUUCGUUUCACAAGCAGCCAUGGACACUCAUUCCUCUUCGAAACCACACAAGAAGAGAGUUAAAUCAUUACUUGUCAAGCCAUACUCUGUCGAAGAUAGUGUUAUUCCAAUUGACAAUGGUAAAAGAUUAAGACCAAAGGAUGAUACCGAAAUGGCCACUGCUACUACUUCUAGUGCUUAA